GGUGGGGAGUUACCGAUCGACUAGCGAAUCACAUCCGCGUAUUACAAUCGCAGGUGGUAUACACAGACUAAUUGCACUUUACCUGUUUGGAAUUGCGUUAAGAAGUCUUAUAACAUAUUGUUUUCUCUUAAAAUCUUUUUUUACUGUGUUACCAACAAUAAUAAUAACCAGAACAAUAAUAAUAAUAGUGACUAUAAAAAGUUUAAAUAAAAAUUGUUUUUAAUUAUUAUCGUUAAUACAAACUUUAAAAUAAAUUAAGUUUAGUUAAAUUAAUAUUACAUUUUUUAAUUUUUAUUUAAACAAUGAGACGUGGGUCAGUAAAUACAUGGGAGUCUUUCGGUAGACGUAAUUCUGAUAAUAUGGCACAAUUUUCAAGUAAUCGUCAUGAAUUUAUGACAAGUGAGCCGGGAAUGAAUGGCAUUGAGUAUCAACGAGAAGGAGGAUUUUUUUUGUCACACAGAAAACUUGCUAUUGUUAUCACAUCUAUCUUUCUUUUGCUCGUUGCUGUUGGAUUUGUUGGAGCUUAUGCAGGAGCAUUUCCACGUAAAAAGAUAUUUGAUACAACGGCUUUGAUAUCUGAAGACGAAGGUUCAGAGCCACCCGAUGCUGAAAAGUAUUCUCUCUCGACAUCCGUAUUUCCCUCGAGGUAUCUCGUAAAAUUGACGCCGAUUGUUGAAGAUAAUGAAGUUUCCCGAGUUCAGGGCCAAGUCAUUAUAGAGUUUCGGUACAAUGGAACUAUGGAUCUGAAGCACAUUGUCUUGAAUGCAAAACACAUGAACAUUACUAAGAUAAGGAUGUGGUCUCGCGAUAAAAAUAAAGAAAAAAUUGAAUCAGAACGAACAAUAAAUCAAAAUGACGGUACAAACUCUACAAGUUCAACAGUUUCAACUACGGAUAUAAAUCAAACAGCUGUAAACGCUACUAAUACUACAGUAGAUUCCAUUCAAACGGCUGGGUUAAUCCAACCUGAUCAAAAACCCUCUUUGAACUCUGUACGAAAUGUACGAUCUCUUGAUAAUGAAUCUAACUCUCAAAGUAAUUUUUCGAGCAUAUCAAAUAGCUCAUUUACAUCGGAAGCACCUGAAAGUUUAUUUACUAAUACAACUUCAAACCUAAACGCUUCAAACGAUUCUAAGCUAGCUAUUGAAGAGAUCAAUAUCUCUAAAAGUGACGUUGAUGAAGAGCACGGUAUCCUCACCAUUAUUCCAACCUCGGCCAUCAAGUCCGGAAACUAUUCCCUGGAAAUUAUCUAUGAAGCCCGCACUGACAAUCGGACAGUACUUGUCGCUAAUUUCAGUGAUGAAAGUACUGAUCGAUGGCUAAUGGCUAGUAGACUAAAACCUAUCAAUGCUCGUCGACUUUUUCCACUCUUCGAUGACGUAAGACUAAAAGCACGAUUUACUCUCUCAAUUGCUCAUCCGAUUGGAAUGACGUUACUUUCUAAUACUCCAGUUAAAUUUAAUGCCAGCAUACCAGAUAAUUGGGUCAUUGAUACAUUUGAAGAGACUCCACUUCUUUCUCCUCAUAGUGUGGCAUUAAUUCAAGGUCAUUUAUUAUCAGCCGGAAAUGUUAAUGUUGGUGAACCACCAAUUCCGGUAAACUUUUGGAGUGAACAAGGAAUGAUUUUAAAACCAACUUAUUUACAAAAGAUGAUUAGUCAUGUAAUGAAAAGCUUUGAAGAAUUAUUUUCCAUGAAAUUUCCUAUGGCGAAAUUAGAUAUUGUUAGUGUUCCAUUUGCUGACAAUUCUGGAAGUCCUGGAUUAAUUUCUAUCACGCAAAAUCUCUUUAAUGUAAGUGAUACAUCGCCUGGAGUAACAAGAUAUGAGACUUUAAAAACGUUGAUUCGAUUGAUUGGUCGACAAUGGCUUGGGGGAUUAGUAAAUUCUCAAAACUGGACUGACGUUUGGAUUUUGGAAAGUUCGUUAAUUGAUCUUCAACAUUAUUUGGUUACUAAGAUAGACCCAGCUUUUAAUCACACGACAUUUUUAUUAGACGUCCAAUUACAAGCUUUUGAAGCAGACGGUUACAGUGUAUCACAGUCAUUAAAAUCCAGAGUAAAUCCAGCUUAUUUAGAAGCUUUUCAUCCAGAACAAUUAUACUAUCGAGGUGCAUGUCUCUUACAUAUGUUGCAUGGCGUGUUGAGGCAAAAUGACUCUAGGACUGGCUACAGGAAGUUCGUUUCACGGUGGUCCAAUGGAAAUGCUGACGUGAGUUCAUUCCUCGAAGCAAUGACAAAUGAAUCUAGUGAUUAUCCACAACAAGUCAAUCUUAUCGAUUUCAUGGAAUCAUGGAUAAAUAGUCAUGGAUAUCCAGUAGUAUCAAUUAAACGUGAUUAUAAAACAGCGACUGCUAAACUUACUCAAAGUCGCUUUAGAUUCGAUAAUCGUACAUUAGAUGAUCAAAAACCUUGGCAUAUACCACUGACAUGGAUAACAAUUGAUAAAAAUUGGACGUCUCCAUCAUUCACUUGGAUGAAGCCCGAUGAAAAAGAAACGACAUUGAAUAAUGUAGGAGUAGAAGGAGAUGAAGAAUCGUGGGUAAUUUUUAAUGUUAAUUCUUUAGGAUACUUCAGAGUAAACUACGAUAAUAAGAAUUGGGAAUUGAUAGCAAAUGCUUUAGAAAAUAAUCCCUCGAUAUUUCCUUCCUCGGUAAAAGCUUCUCUGGUCGACGAUGUUUUAAGUUUAGCUUUUGUGGGAUCUACGUCUUAUUCUACUGCUUUUAACCUUAUCAAUUAUUUGAAGAAUGAAAGCCAACCGGAGCCUUGGACCGCACUCAUGCGUCACGCGAUUAAACUAGAUCUUGUUUUAUAUGAUACUCCAGUUUAUCCUCACUAUCAAAAAUUCAUGAGGAAAUUAACUUCAAAUUUAUUUGAUGGAGUGGGCUCACAAGUUACUAAGGGAAGUAGAAUGACUAUGAUUGCACAUCAAUUAGGUUCAACAUUUGAGAAUCCUGCUCAUGUUGAAUGGGCAAAGAAUAGUUAUCAGCAUUUUAAGGAUUCAAAUUCUUUAGAAUUAAAAUAUGAAGUGCCUUCAUAUCUGCGUGAGACACUUCUCUGUACUUUUGCUAAGCUUGAAGAUCAGCUUGGUUGGGAAUGGUGGCGUGAGAAAUUAGGAAACAUCACAAAACGUGAUACUGACAGAAAUUCAUUCUUGUCGUCUUUGGCUUGCUUCCAAGUACCUUGGAUCUUACAAGCAGUUUUAAAUGAAAUUGUUAGAGGAGACUUAAUCGAUGCACAGGAUGCUAUAAUUGUUCUUCGAGCAUUUGAUGAUCACCCAGUAUCUGCUCAAGUGGCAUUUAAUUUUGUACAAAAAAAUUGGGCUGAAAUAUUGAAAAAAUUCCGAAGAUCGUACCCGGUACUCAGAGCAUUUGUUAGUUCAGUAGGUAGUGGGUUUACCAACAAUAAGGAUCUUAUUGAUUUUCAAAAUUUCCGAGAUAAUAAUUACGAAAGUCUUAAACCCGUUGGCUAUAUCACUGCGUUCGUAGAAGCCAAAGGUACAUCAUGGAUAUCAUUUUUAAAUCAUUCACUUUCUGAUUUUGAAAAUACUAUCAGUAGGUUAAAAGAUUGAUCAUAAGAAAAAUUUUAUAAAAAAGAUACUUUUCAAAGUAAUUAUAACGUACUUAGUCGGUACUUACUCGAUUCAAUGAACAAUGAAAAUUAACAAGUAAUAAAGAUUUGAAUUCUUAUUGAUUUAAAUUUUGAAAUAAAUAGAGCAAGUAAAAUUAGUCGUAACAAUAGAUUCAAUUUUAAUGAGAUUUUUCAAUUUAAGAUUUGAAUUUUCAUGAAUUUUAUCUUUAAGAAUUGUCGCACAAAUUCGUAUUUUGAAUAUUCUCUUUAAAUUAAUUUUUACGCUCGUGGAAAUAA